UGUACGGCAGUGUUUGGAAAUGAUGUGGCAUCUCGUUCUUGUAGUACAUGAGGAAAUGUACUGAGUGCUGCAAAGGCACUGGCCGGUCCUGAGUGCUGCUGCAGCCUCUGAAUUCUGCACAUUUCCCUUCUGCUAGACACAGCUCUGCGCAGCCAGCCCAGUGGUGGUACCCGUUCUGAAAGCCAGGUCUCCCCACGCCCGCUUCAGUUGCCCCCCCGUGUACACAGUAAAAUCUAUGGGGCAGAGCCCAGAGAAGGCACUGGAGAUUGUAGCUGUGGCUGUGAGACGGGGUGUGCACAGAUGCCUGGGAAAGAAAUCACUUUGCUGAUGCAGACGCUGAACACUCUGAGCACGCCAGAGGAGAAACUGGCAGCACUGUGCAAGAAAUACGCUGAGCUGCUGGAAGAGCACCGUAACUCCCAGAAACAGAUGAAGAUCUUGCAGAAGAAGCAGACGCAGCUGGUGCAAGAGAAGGACCACUUGCAGAGCGAGCACAGCAAAGCCAUCCUAGCCCGCAGCAAGCUGGAGAGCCUGUGCCGUGAGCUCCAGAGACACAACCGCACCCUCAAGGAGGAGGGUGUCCAGCGUGCGCGGGAGGAAGAGGAGAAGCGGAAGGAGGUGACAUCCCACUUCCAGGUGACACUGAACGAUAUCCAGCUCCAGAUGGAGCAGCACAACGAGAGGAACUCCAAGCUGCGCCAGGAGAACAUGGAGCUGGCGGAGCGGCUCAAGAAGCUCAUCGAGCAGUAUGAGCUGCGGGAGGAGCACAUCGAUAAGGUGUUCAAACACAAGGACCUGCAGCAGCAGCUGGUGGACGCCAAGCUCCAGCAAGCACAGGAAAUGCUGAAGGAGGCAGAGGAGAGGCACCAGCGGGAGAAGGACUUUCUGCUGAAGGAAGCUGUGGAGUCGCAGAGGAUGUGUGAGCUGAUGAAGCAGCAGGAGACCCAUCUCAAGCAGCAGCUGGCUCUCUACACAGAGAAGUUUGAAGAAUUCCAGAACACCCUUUCCAAAAGCAGUGAAGUGUUCACAACUUUUAAACAGGAGAUGGAGAAGAUGACUAAGAAAAUCAAGAAGCUAGAGAAAGAGACCACUAUGUACCGUUCUCGCUGGGAGAGCAGCAACAAGGCUCUCUUGGAAAUGGCUGAAGAGAAAACCCUUCGGGAUAAGGAGUUAGAGGGGCUUCAGGUGAAAAUCCAGCGCCUGGAGAAACUGUGUCGAGCCCUGCAAACAGAGCGCAAUGACCUCAAUAAGAAGGUGCAGGACCUGUGUGCCCACGUGCCCCGGGCAGACACGGACCUGUCGGAGCCUUUGAAGGACCCAUCUCAGGAGGGCUCCGAGGCAGCGGCGGCGGGGGGUGCGCCAGCAGAGCAGCACCUGGCUGAGGAUUGCCUUCAC